CCAGUACUAUCGAUAGACAGAUAUCUACAAGUUCUACCCGAAACGAUUCAACGCAAUAUUUACAAGUCUUAAUUUCUUGGUCGCAACGAAACCAAAGUAAACAUUCAACUAGUGAGCUCGAGAUCGAAAUUUUCUAGUGGCAUAUCAAUUUUGGCAGGCCAAAUGCAAACAAUGUGACUAACUGCGAACAUAAAUAAAUAUAGAUAUUUAUAACUACCUUAAGUAAACAAACAAAUCCUAUAUAAGUUGUUAGGAAAAAAAAAAAUAAAAGCUGAAACCGAAAACGGAAAACAUAAACAAGUGCAAAACUGUGCAGCAGCAGCCGCAGACGCAAACGCAGUUAAACGGAAAAAGUGUAAAAUUGUAAUUGGGCAAAAGAUAAUCUGCAUACCAAUUGUGAAAGAACAAGAACAGAAAAACUAGUUUGCAGCAGCGACGUCGACCGCACGAUAACAAGAGCGACCGACGCCAAGGUAGUUAACGAGCUGACAAGGGGAGUCCAGUGGCCAGACAGGCGGGCGGGAAAGAGAUAGCUGCUAUCUGGCCAAUAAGUGUGAGUGCAAGCGCGAGCGCAUGGAACCAGUUCUCUGCUAACGGCAGGCACUAUGCAAACCGACUGAGCAACAACAACAAUAACAACAGCAGCAGCAACAACAACAACGGCAACAAUAAGAAUAAGAACAAGAGUAGCGCAGUAUCAACAAGUUAAAUCAGGAUGAACGUAAAAUGGUUGCUGGCAGCCCUGCUGCUGUUUGCGCCAGCCAGAAGCGGGGGCAGCACUGCCAUCAUCAGUACUGGCAUCAUCAGCAGCAGCAACGCCCCGCCCGAAAUCAUUUUCCGCCAGUGCGAGCCCAUCCGGAUCGAGAUGUGCCGCGGCAUUGGCUACAACGAAACAUCAAUGCCCAAUCUGGUGGGGCACGAGCUGCAGACGGACGUGGAGUAUACGCUGCAAACGUUUGCCCCGCUCAUCGAAUACGAUUGCAGCUCCCAGCUGAAACUCUUCCUGUGCGCCGCCUAUGUGCCCAUGUGCACGCCCAAGGCGCCGGUCCACUCGAUCGGGCCCUGUCGCAGCCUCUGCGAAUCCGUGCGCAUUCGCUGUCAUCCGGUGCUCCAGGGUUUCGGCUUCCCUUGGCCGCCGGCCCUCGACUGCGAGCGCUUUCCGCGCGAGAACAAUCACGAGACCAUGUGCAUGGAGGGACCCGGCGAAACGCAUCUCACGCUCCAAGACCAUGAGCUCUAUGGCCAGCAGCUGCCGGGCCUGAAGAUGGGCGCACCGCUGCCGCUCGACUGCUCGGCCCUGGCCAAAUCCCAUUUGUAUGUGAAGCUGCAUCGGUCCGGACGCUGUGCACCAUUGUGCGAGGCGGACAUUCUAUUCACGCCCAGCGAGAAGCAUCUAUCCGAAAUCUGGGUAUCCACCUGGGCGUAUGCCGGACUGGGACUCGCCUGCGUUGCCACGCUCUGCCUCCUCCUGUUGGGCGGUGACCAUCGUGGGCGUGGCACCGCCGGCAGCGCCGCCAGUGGCAAUGCGGCCGCCAAGUGGUCGCGUCUGUUGUCGCCGCUGCUCUGGUGCCACAACAUGGUCACCAUUGGCUGGACGGUGCGUUUCAUUGUCGGACGCACGGGCACCGCCUGCGGCACAGAUCCCCAGGCGCCCAACGAAUCCCUGCUCAGCGUCGAUGGCCUCUCCAAUGCGGCCUGUGCCAGCGUCUUCCUGUUGCGAUACUAUUUCGGCAUGGCUGCUUGCGCCUGGUGGGCCAUUUUAUGCCUUGGCUGGCAUCGGGAUAUACGCCGCAAUAGUCCCGAUACCAAGGGACAUAUAGCGCUGCCCGCCGCUAAGCGACAGGGAGGCAGCAGCCAUGGCAGCGCUCAGCAGGAUUUGGCGCAGAAUAACUUCGUGUGCUUUGUGGCCUGGGGACUGCCGGCGUUCCAGACGGCGGCGGUGAUCGUGAUGCGACUCGUCGACGCUGAUGAGCUGUUGGGCGCCUGCUUUGUGGGCAAUCAGUCGGACAAGGCGCUGCAGGUGCUGGUUGCCACGCCCGUCUUUUGCUAUUGGAUCUUUGGCUCGAUGAAUCUAAUCUCUGGCUAUUUGGUGCACUGCCGCAACAAGGAGAUAUUGCGCAAUAGCAAUGCACUGAGCCUGCAGCAGCAACUGCAGCUGGGCGUGCACAACAGCUCCGGCAUUGGCAUCUUUCUGUUCAUCUAUGGCACCGCCUGUGCCCUGCUGCUGCUCGCCGUGAUCUAUGAGUUUGCCAACAUCGAUGUUUGGCUGAGUCAGCGGGAGACGAGCACACCGCUCUGGCCGUAUCUAACGCGCGCCUUCAUGGAGCUAAUGCUGGGCAUUUGCUGUUUCGCCUGGGUGCUGGGUCCCAGCAUAUCCAGUCUCUACAAGCGCCAGCUGUCCAUGCGUCCGCUCAAGCAAUCGGCCGACCGCCAUCCGCAACAGCAGCUGCAACAACAGCAGCAACAGCAGCCCUCGCUUCUGCAUCAGCACCGUCACCAUCAUCAUCAUCAUCAUCUGCAGCAACAGCAGCAGCAGCAGCUGCAGCAACAGCAACUCCAACAGCUGGAUGGCCAGAGCAGCUCGCGUGGCUCCCACCUGGCGUGCAGCAGCACCGUUGUCUCCUAUCACUCGGUGCGUCCCUCGCACCAGUCCAUGGUCAGUGCGCCGCCACUGAUCAGCAGCCCCUACAAGCACAAGUCGCAGCACACGGGCGCCGGCUCCAUAUCGCUCAACCAAAUGUCUAACUAUUCGCUCGGCCGCAGCGCCCAACAGACGCCGCACGCCCACUCGACGCAGCGGCUCUACUAUGCGCCAUCUAAGCAUGCCCAUGGCCAUCAUCAUCAUGGCAGCUAUACACACUAUCCGCAACUGCAGCGCUAUGGCAACGAGACGUUGCUCUGAGCAUUGAUCGCUGCCCUCGCCAAGAGUUCUUCAAGUCUGAGGCCGCACGUUAAGCACAAAUGCGGCUAUAACAACGCAACGUUCCUGCCAAGGUCAGCAUAGAAUCAGCCUACUUUAGCUACCUAUCAAUUUGCAUUUAAGCAAUUUACACUUUAUGCACAAUUUGUUAACUUGAUUAAGGCAAAGAAAAAGAUUGUAUGCAUAGAGAGAAAGCAUAUUCAAAAUUGUGCCUUAGAUGUGAGAGAGCGAAUGAACUAAUGCAGUCUAGACUCUAGUUUCUUGAGAGAUAUCAACUUAGGUAAUUUUAAAACAUAUAGUAGAGCUCAUAAGCAACUGAGUUGUAAAAGAAUUUGAAUUGUUUAUAUGGACUUGAGCUGUAUUACAUAGAAUAUAUAUUUGAUUCCUUGACUUAAACUGCAAACAGUUAACUCUUAGCCUAACUAGUUCCAGUUGAACUUGUAAAAUUGAACUAGUUUGGGCAUAUACCUUAAAUUAUACUCUAUAUAUCAUUUCAAAUCAAUUUAUAAGCCAAAUUAGGGCCAACAAAUUGUGCAUAAUUAUGUUUAGGUUUCACACUAUUUCUGACUUUUGGGAACCCACGUAAAUGUAUUGCUUUAAAUGUAUUAUCUUGUGUAUGCGUGUCUGUACUUAAUAUUCUAUUUUAAUUAAUAUUUAUGUUGUGUUCCUUUAAAUGUUGCUUGAAAUGCCAUGAAAUGAGUGAAAAGCCAGGAACUAGUUCAGCUAAAAGAAAAUAGCACUUUUACAUUUUGAACUAGCUCCUGGAUUUUUGGUUUAGCUUUGCUUGAUAUGAAACAAAUUUAAUAUUAAUUAUUAUAUUUAUGAACAUUUUGUGCAAUACUUAAUAUUUUCAAAAAUGUAUUUUGAAAUUUCUAUAUUCAAUUCGACAUUUGUAUGUAACUUGGCCUUAUUUACUUAAUUAUGUAAUUUUGUAUAUUAUUUCAUGGCACUUUGAUUUUUAAUAAUUAUUUUUUAGCGCGUAACCAAAGUACAAUACACUAAAAACAAUUCUUGCCGCAUAUUCUAAUUAUAAUAUAUAUUUUUUAUCAUUCUGCUUCCUAUAUAUAUAUAUAUAAAUAUAUGUAAAUUCUGUGAUACUGUGAUUCAUGUUUUAAAGAUUUAAUAAAAAAAAAAGAAGUGUACUUAAAUCCAAAAUCGAUUCGAAACGCAAGUGUACUUAAAUCAAACAAUAAUUGUAUUCAGUGUGCCAUUAGAGUUAAGAAUUAAACAAACAAAAAAAUACUUAAUACAUUUAUACAUAUUAUAGCAAUUAAGUUCCAACUAAGUCUUGAGAGUCUUUAUAAAAGCUGAAAAAAAUUUUGAAUUCAAUCAAAUCGUAUUAAACUCUAUUUAUAUAUCGUAUAAAUGAGCAUGCCUUCUAUCCCUUCUAUUUUUUUUUUUUUUUUUUUAAUAAAACCAUUUUUAUAUAUAUAUAAAUAUGUCAAAUGUAUUUCGUAUCUUAUUUAUGGCGAAUAAAGUUGUCCAAAAUGA